UUUUGCCGUCACAGACCCGAGGAGCCCCGGAGAGGACAUGGUUUUUGCGGACGUGCAUUUGGAUGUGUGGUGACGCUUUGUGCUGUGCCUCCUCUAAGAACAGAAAACUAGACUCAGAGCAAUGUUGAUGCAACAGCCCGCGUUCGCCCUGCGCCGCGCCGACCUGCCCGCCUCCUGCCUCUCAGCCAGUGUUGGAGGGAUCUGAUUCCAGCUGCGCUGGCUGAUCCCCGCGGUCCUGGGGUCCUGGAUCCUCUCCUCCUCGUCAUCUGCACCUCUUCACUGAAGGAUGCUCAGUUGUUCUGCCGCUGUCACUGCUCUUCUCGCUGCCGUCCAGUUCUCUGCUCCGGCCGGAUCCCAGUCUGAACCGACCCUGGUUCCCUGAAGGCAGGACGAGCAUGUCACAAGCGCCUGUGUUGGAAAUGCUUCUGCUGGACUUCGUUCUCUGAACCAGACUUGAGAUUAUACCAACAUCAGAGAAAGACGCGGGGAAUCCCUCCUCUCCAUCUGAAAUUCCUGCACUGAAGCCCAGGAGGCGACCAGCUGCAUGGUUUAGUGAUUAUCCAUCUGACUGAGAGGCGAUCAGAGGAACCCGGACCUGUCAGAAACCCCGACUCAGCACAUUCAUACACUGAGAUGACCCAGGAACAGUGCACUCAUAGGAACAAUGUCCAGAGUUCAGACAAACCCCAAGUGUACAAAGUGGGAAUCUACGGCUGGAGGAAACGCUGCCUUUACUUCUUCGUCCUGCUGCUGAUGAUCCUGAUCCUGAUCAACCUGGCUCUAACUAUCUGGAUCCUCAAGGUCAUGAACUUCACCAUCGACGGCAUGGGGACGCUGAGAAUAACGGAGAAGGGCCUGAAACUGGAGGGCGACUCUGAAUUCCUCAAGCCGCUCUACGCCAAAGAAAUCCAGUCCAAGCCAGGCAAACCGCUGCUGCUGCAGUCGUCCAGAAACGUGUCGGUCAACAUCGUCAACAGCAACAACCAGCUGCUCACUCAGCUCGUCACAGGAUCGGGUGGAUUUAAAGCACGAGGCAAGAUGUUUGAAGUCAAAUCUACGUCCGGGAAGCUCCUGUUCUCUGCGGACGAGCAGGAGGUGGUGGUGGGAGCAGAGAGGCUCCGAGUGACGGGGGCCGAAGGAGCCGUGUUCAGCAAAUCUGUGGAGACGCCACACGUGAGGGCGGAGCCGUUCAAAGAGCUGCGGUUGGAGUCUCCCACCCGCUCCCUGAUGAUGGAGGCUCCUAAAGGCAUCCAGAUCCUGGCCGAGGCGGGCGACAUCCAGGCCAUCUGCCGCAACGAGCUGCGCCUGGAGUCCAAGGAUGGAGAGAUCUCUCUGGACGCUCGGAGGAUCCGUCUGAUGAGGCUGCCUGAGGGCAAAGCCUCCGCCAGCUCCUCGUCCUCCGGGACCAGGCAGACUGUCUACGAGGUGUGCGUUUGCCCCAACGGGAGGCUCUUCCUGUCCCAGGCCGGAACCGGAUCCACCUGCCAGAUCAGCAACAGCGUCUGCGUCUAGGACUCUCCGUAGACGCUAGGCUGAAGGAGCAGAAACAGACACAUGUGCACCUCGCAGCCUCUAGGACUGGUUCACAGACCGGACCGGGCUGACGGAGACCGACCACACGAUACCGAACAAUCGCAGGACAGAUCACACGUUUACGCAGACGCCAACAGCCAGUGUUCCAAUGCAAAAUAGAUCUUUCCCAUCAUUUUAUACAAAUGGGAAAAACCUUUGAAAUCAGCGUUUAGUGGAUUAUGGGAAACUAAAUUUCCCCAGUGAGCCACACAAAACCCACUGGGAGCCAUUAUUAAAGUUAAACUCCACCAUUAGAGGCUCGACCUCAGUCACACUGGGAAUAAACAGACCAGUACCAGAGGCCCAAACACUCAUACAUGGUAUUUAUUGACGUACACACACACACUCACACACACACACACACACACACACACACACACACAGGUGGAAACCGAGGUUCCACCAGAGCAGACACUGAUCUGUUCCCUUUCUCCCUCCAGAGCAUUCAGUACCAGAACCACUAGGGUGAUCACCGGACGCCACGGGCCCCAUGGCUGCGUCUUCAGGCCCACUGCCGGCGCCUCAUGGGCCGCUGGCACCGGAACUGGAGGCUGAGGAUGGUGGCUCUGUCAAAGCAGGGUCCGUCCCUCCAACCCUGCAUUCUGCGCCGUCACUGGGCCUGAGUGAUGCUUCCUUUCAGACUAGCUGUGCUAACUAGCUAUGCUAACUAGCUAUGCUAACUAGCUAUGCUAACGAUGACGACCUCCAGCUAGCGUUUGACUUGACGUCUGACAGCGCCUCCUGCCGUGUUUGCGUCACAUCGCGGGUGAAGGUGUCAAACCGGGACCUGCCGCCGGUAAAGGUUCUCGGUUCUCCUCCCUGUUGUGAUGUGACGUAGAAUCGGCUCCGUCCUCCUGGUCGCCCUACCUGUUUCUUGCACUGCGACGUUCUGAGGAGCCAAGCGCUCUGUUGAAGGAGGGGAACUGUGCCUGUGCCUUAUGUCCAUGCACUUGUGGCAAGAAGAAGCACAUCACAGAGACUUUCUGUCACGUGACCUCUGGUUUCAGUUCACUUUUGUCCGAUUCACCUGCUCUUCUGUACGAAUGCAAAGACCUUCAGCCGCACUGCGCCGGACGUGGCCGUCCUCGUCUUUGUGUUUGACCACUUCCCUUCUAUAUUUUGACUGAUGCACUGCUAGUUCUUCUUUGUGUGAGCACAUAUUGUGUGUGGAAGCCUUUGUGUUGCCAGGUCUGACUGCCCUUUGGCCCACGGCCUUCGACCGGCGUCAGUAGCAGGUUCCGCUGCUCCGGCCGUGGGAUCCUCUGCUCAGAGGAGGAGGAGCUCGUUACGGAACCGGAACCUUGUUAUAUCAGAGGCUUUUGGCCAAAUAGCCCCCUGCUGUCCCAGACCCCCCCCCCCCCACACACACUCUUACCCAGGAUGCAUCUGAACGCCGGGUGGGAAACAGCAUUUUGUUUUGCUCCACGUUAUUAAAUCGUCAGGUUCCAACCUCGUCGCUGUGUCUCAGCUUCUGUGUCUGUACAUAAAGACAACUUUGAGUAAUAUUUCACAACAAAUUGAAGCUGAUCUGAUGUAUCUGUUUUUCAAUACAUGUAGAGAGAAAUAUGUCUUUUUAUACGGUUGUAGAUGUAAAUACUGUACAUGAGGCUGGCGAAGCACCAAAACUCAGACGAGGCUUUUUUCUAAUGCACAUCAGUGUUUUGUACUAAAAGGGCAAAGGAAGCUGCCAGCGCUGGCAUGUGGAGCGACGUCUGCCUGUGGAGAACACGCGGCUUUGUUUUCACGCCUCCUCCUCCUGUCGCUGCGUCUCCUGCGGAGCUCAGGUGUGUCACGCACCUGCUGGCUUUGACUUUAGGCUUUUUGUUGUUGUUCUUUCGGGCCCGAGGUCUUUGCAUUCUCUUCGAGUGUGUUGUGUGUAGAUUUGUGAGCUUUCUUUUUGUUCUUCAGCGCCACAGAACACGUCGAAGGAUUCUCACAGAAGCAAACACAGAAACCAAAAGGAAAAAAGCCAGGGAGGAAAUAAAACUAGGGGUUGACUAGAAAUGAGCAGCUUUUCUAGAGCUGAAGCAGGAAGUGGCACAAAUCCACCGAGUUCACAGGGAAACACAGAAACUGAUUCAACCUCAUGCAUCAGUCACAGUGAGAGAACAAACGCAUUAACUAACAAUUAUGCAAAUUGCAGACAUGACGCUUUGACUCGGUGGACUGUGCUGCCGACCGGGCUGGGCCGGACCGGACCAGACCGGGCCGGGCCGGGCCUUGUGUGCGCUGUGCUUUUUGGUUUGCCGUCUGUCCUCAACGCUUGCAUCCUUUCUCCAUCUUCAGUCGAAACUGCCGUCCAUGGAGGAGUUUUCAGAGAUGCCAAAAUAAAAGGCGUUGUUCAACCUG